CGAGCUGAUACUGCGAUUUAGUUGCACCUAUAGCGUGUUCUCACUGCUGUAUACAGUGGUUUCAUUGCUGUAGUCGCCAAACACGCUGUGACCGAGUUCGUAUCUGGAGGAAGUGAAGGUGCCAUUUGGACCCAAACAUCUGGAUGCGUCCUUGUGCGUCCCUGCUGCAGCUAAACAUCCUCACACCUCAGUCAUACUUACUCAUGGAGCCGGUGGCGACAUGAAUUUCAAACAGCUCGUCUCUCUGGCUCACUGUCUUGCGUCGAACGGCUUUGUUUGUCUCCGAUUUACAUGUAAAGGCUUGAAUCUGACCUACAGGGUCAGAGCCUACCGUGCGGUCUUGCUUUACUUGAGAUCACUACAGAGGUUAACCAUCGACAAUAUAAUUAUAGGCGGGAGGUCAAUGGGAAGUCGAGCCGCUGCUGCUCUGGCCAGGCAGCUCAGUGAUGAGUCAGACGAUCCCGUCCAGGGCGUCCUGUGUCUGUCAUUCCCAUUACAUCCUCCCAGACAGACUCAUGUCCACCGGCAACGGAGUGAAGAUCUCAAGAGACUACCAGAGCCAUUGUCUGUUCUCUUUGUGUCAGGAACGGAAGACGACAUGUGUGAUAAGCUCCUCCUUGAAGGGACGUUGAAAGAAAUGAAGGCUGAAAGCAAGAUUUUCUGGCUGGAUGGUGGUUCACAUGGGUUAACAGUGAAAGGACGGAUGGACGAGUCUGUCAUGGACGAAGUCAACUCACAUGUGAUCUCCUGGAUGAGUAGAUGGAAGGAAUAAUUGUACAGAUGGAAGCAGAAUUUAGUUUUAUUCACGGUUUUUCAUGUCAA